CACGUGCUACCUCAUCCGCACGGGCCUGUGUCGUCGUCGCUUCGUGCUGACGGAGCGUGUAAACAUGGAGGAGAGGGAAUCGCUGAAGAGACAAAUUGAACUCCUACAAAAUCUCAUCAAUAGACAUAAGAGCGUCCAUGGCGACACUCCAUCCACAAGAGUCGAGCAGAGGCAGCAGCCAGAAGCUCCAACAUCAGCCAGAGGUCACAGCACAUCUGUCAUCGCGCCUCACAGCUCCAGAGGGAGGCCAUGUGCUCCUCAGAGCCAUGGAAGUUGGAGGAAAACGUACUCGCUGAAUAACAAGAACCCCCAGUCCUCCGCUGGCCGUCCCUCGGCUUCUGCCUCCUCCUCCGUUCACCCGUCUAGUUCCCGCGGCGUAUCUCACAGCAGCUCACUGCCCAGCCGCAGCAGAGGGGACGAGAGUGUCAAAACUGCCACUUCACCUUCAGGGAUCCCUCAUCAGAAGAGAGGAGGGCAUGUGGAGAGCAUCGCAGGGUUUAGAGGAGUGGCAGCGGAGGUAAAAAGCACAGACACUCUCAGUAAAACAGGGGCGGCGUCUGAGCACGGGGAUGGAAAAGGAGUUUCGACAGACGCUGCCGUGCAACGUGAAAUGCUUCACAGACAGACUCAAGAACUUCAGCAGAGGGCUGAGAGCAGGCACGUAGUCCUGCCACAAAAGAAAGCCAGUAGACGUUCAGAAGUGCCCUCAGUGAAGGCCGACACCUCCACCAGUUUGCAGAGCGGCCCUCAAGCAAAGACUAAACCUUCCCCAACAAGCAAAACCAGCGCUGGGACUAAACAGGCUAUUACUGCGACAACUCCGGCUAUUCUCCCCACUAAGAAUAUUGUAGCACCCCCGUCUGCGCCGUCUAAAGCAUCAAAACAAGCUUCCACUAACCCCGCGUCUCACACCAGCCAGGGCCAAGCCGGGGCAUCCUUUUUGAAAAAAUCCAAGUUCACUUGGGUGAAGAGCCAGAGCGUGGGGGGAGUGGAGCCUCGUUCCAUCUCCGCCCCCACAGGCAAAGCUGUAACUGGUUCCCCAACGUCAGUGUCAAAGGCUGGAACUGGAAGCUCUCCUUUAAUCGCAGUCAGUAAGAGAACUCCUGCCAAGAAGUUACCUCGAAAGCUGAGUCCGGUCGCUGUAGCCCCCAAGACCUCCAAGUACAAAUGGGUCUCCUCCUCUGCAGGAGCCCAAGCUAAAAUAUCUCGAAAAUCACUAUCGCCCAGAGCCCUGGCUCCGUCCCAGAGAGCUCUGGAGAAGGGAGAGUCCACCAGGAGACUCAGAGCACCCUGCACUCCCUCUGCCAAGAUUAAAAAGGGGAUUGCGGGUUCCUCCAGCAGCUCCUCGCUGAGUAGCCGCUACCGCUGGAAGGCUGGAGGUCAGAGCACGUCGGCAGCAGUGACAGGAGGGGCAGCGGCGGCCCGUCGUAGAUCUGCUUUCCACUGGACGUCAGAAAAAAGCAACAAGGGAGCGAAAGGAGGGCUUCUUGCUUCCCCAGCUGUAAUCCAACGUAGCUCCCUUCCGCCCUCCUCCUCCCCUGCGGGGUUCAAGCUCCGCAGCAGGAUGAAAAUCAUUAGGAAGUCUGCUAAUAGUGGAGGGGGAUCAGAGAGGGGGACCAGCCCGGCAGCAGUAAAGUUCUCCCCACGGGGCCGCAUGCACAGCUCCACCAGGAGUCCCGUAGGAGUUAGGAGGACACCCACCAGGGAGCUUGUGUCUUUUGGGAGACACAAGUUGAGGCGGCUCCCCACCACCUUCUCAAGGACAGGUCCCGCCUUCUUCUCCCACCGUAGCCCCUCCUCUUCUCAGCGAGUUUUCAGGUCGCCCUACAACUUGGUGACCCGCCCGGGCUCCGGCACCACACACCCACUCCACUACAACCCUGCUCUCUCUUGGAGGGCCAAGAGAAUCCAGACUGCCAGGAGUUUCCUUCAGAGCCGCCUGCGAUCUCCCCACGACAGACACCCGUCAUCCUCUCAGCACUGGAGAAGAAGCAAGCAUGAAGGCAUGUGCUGGAUUCGUGGCUCCCUGUACCGGGUGUCAGCCAAUAAGCUGUCCCGCACCGUGGGGUCCAACAUGUCGAUCAACCGAACAGGAAGGUCUUUCAGCACCAGCCAGGCUUCAUCCAUGAUUCCUGCUUUCAACCGACCCUUCAGUACUCGUCAUCUAGCCAGCCGGGCAGUCCAACGGAGCCUCGCCAUAAUCCGACAUGCUCGUCAGAAGAAGCAGCCGAAGCAGUACUGCAUGUACUACAACCGCUUCGGCAAGUGUAACCGUGGCAACAGCUGUCCCUACAUCCACGACCCAGACAAGGUGGCUGUCUGCACUAGGUUUCUGCGAGGGACGUGCAAGCAGGCAGAUGGUACCUGCCCAUUCUCCCACAAGGUGGCAAAGGAGAAGGUACACAUGCACACAUACACUCACAUACACCCGGCCUAUGUGUUGGACAACAUAGUGUUUUAUGGGUUUUCAUUGCAAAGCCUAGGAUUGGGUACAGUGUGUGGGUAUAAGAUGACACACUAUUGGGGACAGUCGUCGUGGAUCCUGUUACAAGUGAAGCAUGUGGGUUUGUGUUUAUAUCUCCCUGUCUCUAACCACCAGUGUAAGAAGAAACACACUCUGGUGUGUCCAGACUUCUCUAAGACGGGAUCCUGCCCUCGAGGAGUCCGCUGUAAGCUGCAGCACCGCCAACGAGCCAAACGAAGCACCAGCAGCACCUCCACCACCCCAGCCAAGAGAGCCCGAACGAAGGAGCCCUCCAAGAGGCCCUGCCUGUCUGUUGUCAUCCCGCAGGUCUCUCAAGCAGCUCCACAGACACCCAUCGAAGGUCCUCUGGCGCUGCCAUCCUUCAUCUCCCUCUCCAGCUCCCCAGAGGAGGCAGACGCACCGGACACACUGCAGACUGAGACCUCACAGGUUAAAGAGAAAAAACUGCAGAUCAAGCCUCGGCUGUGAGACUACAGAAACCAGCAGCCCUGGAAGGAAAAAACGCUUAUCAGUUAUUUCUGUGCUCCAGGUUUGUCCUGACAGGUGUGUCUGUGUCUCUUCCCUCUGCAUUUUAUCACUCAGGGCCUGAAAGUUUUAAUUUUCUAUAUAAAUCUGUUUACAUAUCAAUUUGGGUGUUUGCAAUACAGAUUUUCUCAUCAGGCUUUGUAUAUUUUAAAAGGACAAAUAAAAUAUGAACCUUU